AUGCUUAAGGAAGACUAUGGUUACCCAGAUACUCUUGACUUUAGUGACAGAUAUAAAGAAGCUAUUAGAAAGUUCAAGGAAGGAAAUACUGACCCGAACCUAUUUAGCUUUAUGGUUCAGCACCAAAUGGGAUAUAAUUUCAAACCUGGAAAAUACAAGCUCGCUAAGGGAUAUGAUUUAAUAGCAUAUCAUCCAAAUGACAUGGAUGAAUUUACUCCGAGAUAUUUGGUGUCAGAGCUAAAUGAUAAUUCAACUCUCUUCAUGAAACGCGUAAAAAAUAGAGACGGAACGAAAGAAGAAAGGUUUAUGAGUCCGGAUGACUUAGAUAGGGAACUUUUUAAAAACGGUCUCGGAAUAUAUGAAAUGCCAGCAGAUGAGGUACAAGAAACCCCACAGGAAGAAGUUCAGAUACAACCAGACAUGGAAGAAAUAGUUCAGCAACAACAGCUAGAAGAGCCUGAAGGAAACGAACAAGUCCCUCCUUUGGAAACUAACUUCACAGAACUAGAUGAAGAUUUGGAACAGCCGAAAAAUCUUGACCCUCAACAAGAGUAUGCGGAGAAUAUGGAAUCUUUCCAAGAGUCUAAGAAAAAUUCGGCUGACAUAGUAGAAGAAUAUCGAAAAAUGUUCGCCGACAUACAAAAGACUCCAACAUCAGAUGAAAAUAUUCAGCAUAGAAUGGAAGUACUGAAAGAAAAUGUACGCAAAUACAACAAUCCUUUUUACUUACGACCAUAUAACGUUCAAUCUUUGGCUGAACUCGGUGAAAAUAAAAGGUUAAAUUUCACCAAAACAUAUAGAAAUGAAACAUUGUUUAAAGUUCAUUCAGAACCUAACCAAUAUGGAAACAAACCUACUUUU